AUGGGUUUCAUGGAAAAAUUCCUGCCGGCAAACGACCGCUAUGCAGCACUUUUGCUGUAUAGUAUGGUAUUUAGCUUGGCUUUCAACGGAUAUGAUGCUGGUAUCAUGACAGUCAUCUUGGCAGACAAACAGAUUAUGAUUAUUGGAGUCGUCGUACAGGUGAUUCCAAACACAUAUGGUGUCCUCAUCCUUGGUCGAUUAUUGACGGGUCUCGGCUUCGGUUGCGUUUAUAUUUCUACUAGUCUUUAUGAGUGCUCUCCGAAGACCUUGCGAGGCUCCUUUGUCGGAACUGUAACUCAGUUUGGGUAUCAACUCGGAACACUGAUUGCAUUUUGGUCCGGUUACGGCAUGUCAUUUCACACAUCCCCUUUUAACAUUGCCUGGAGAGUCUCAAAUGUCAUCCAAAUUCCCAUCGGCGUAGCCUUUAUUAUCAUAUCCUUCUGGUACCCUGAGUCACCAAGAUGGCUCUACGAGAAACAUCCGGACGACCCAGAUCGUUGCUUGAAUACACUGUGCAAGCUUAGGAUGGGUACCCCCGAGUCGGAUCAUGUUCGACAAGAGUUUCACGAUAUCGUUUCGUCGUACGAGUAUCGAAAGAAGUUUGAAACGGGAUAUACGGGAAUUUUCAAGUCUAAAGGACUUCGAAAGCGUCUGCUAUACGGACUGUACGCCACAGCUUUGCAACAAGCUGGCGGCAUUGCUGCUCUAACGAUAUUUACGAAUCUCUCGGGUGGAACUCAGGACAUCAAGCUUUAG